GAGGUACUGACCAAUUCUUACUAUAGGUACCCAUUACUCCGAACUACUGAAACAGGUUUGAGUAGGGUGUGGUGGCUUGAUUAUAAAUAGAGUGUUUGUAGAGUGACAAAGAGCAACCCUACAUCGGAGAGACUGUGCUUACUGGAAACAAAAUAUUAAUGACAACACAGAAUGACAGCCAGGACUGCACUGAUACUCUUGACAUGGACUGUCCUCACUGGGCAAGGGUCAAAGGCUCAGGACUGUGGAGUGGCACCUCUGAACACAAGGAUAGUGGGUGGUGAGAAUGCCACAGCUGGGUCCUGGCCCUGGCAGGUCAGCAUGCACUAUUUGUCUGCUCACUCGUGUGGAGGGACCCUCAUCAGUGACCAAUGGGUACUCACAGCAGCCCACUGCAUCCCAUUGAACGCAGCUAAUAGAUGGGUACUCUACUUUGGAAGAGUGAAUCAAAAUGGCCCUAAUGUUAAUGAGGUGAAGCGCACUGUGUCUGAAAUCAUCGUCCAUCCUGACUACAACAACACGUUAUUCAACAAUGACAUUGCCCUAAUGAAGCUCAGCAGCCCUGUCACUUUCACCGACUACAUCAGACCUGUCUGCCUUGCAAGUAACUCCAGCCAGUUCUACAACUCCACCCCCUGCUGGGCCACUGGCUGGGGAAGAGUCGGAAAAGAUGAGCCCUUGGUAGCCGUUGAGAGACUUAAGGAGGUUCAGGUUCCUGUUAUUGGAAACAAGCAGUGCAGCUGCAAUUAUCGCCCAGUAGACGAGGCAAACAUCACUGACAACAUGAUUUGUGCCGGGCAAGAGAACAGAGGAACAUGUCAGGGGGACUCCGGUGGACCUUUGCAAUGCAAACAAGGUUCAGUGUGGAUCCAGGCUGGCAUUACCAGUUUUGGAGUACCUUGUGCAUUGGCUGAUUUCCCUGAGGUCUUCGCCCGAGUGUCUCAGUUCCAGACUUGGAUUCUAGACCAAGUGGCAGGGUCCAGCGUUAACUUUGUGACAUUCACCUCCAGAGGCCAAAAUCCUGAAAACAACUUUGUGUGUCGUGCAAACUCUGCCAAUUCAACGGCAGCUCCAACUACGGCCUCCAUGGCACCAACCUUUGCAAUUGAGCUUACACAUGUUGUCAUCUUAGUGUUCCUGCAACACAUUUUAGCUCUAUAGCACAGUUUUGCUGAACAACUUUUCAAACUGAAUGCAGACAAUGGUAGGCUAUAAAGCCGUCCAUGUUAUGAGUUGCACCACAGUGCCUUAAUAUUAAAAUUAAAAUGAAUAAUUAAAAAAUAUAUUAAUAUGAAAACUAAUAAUGAAACAAGGUGUCUUUUAUCACUAUCAGUUACAAUGGGUUGAAAUAAAUUACUCUUUGACUCAGAACUUACUUACUAAAGAACUAAAAACUAACUAAAGAAAAUUUAAAUGUCUGAAUUGGUAUUGGUAUUACUGACAAGUAAUUUUUUUUUAUUAAUAAAUACACAUAUAAAUAAUGUGGAGAAAAAAUAUAACAUUACUGAUGUAAUGCGUAGAGUAACAUUUCUUUUGGUAAAGAAAUUGACUUAACACCCUGUUACGGUGCAGGGAUGCUGUUUCUGUUGUGUUUUUGGUUUUUAGUUAGCUUUGGUAGCCAGCCUUGGUUUUCCUUUCACUUUGAAUUAGUUAAAUGAUAACACUGAUUAGCUCCUAGAGAGUCCUCCUUUUGUUAUAUUCUGUUUUAACCAUUAUCUUUACAAAUUUAAGUUACAAUAAACAACCUUAUACCUGUUAACAACUGGGUUUUGUGUUGCGUCCCUUUCCCCUGUGAGCCGGGUUGUAACACACCUUUCCACCUCUGUAAAUCAUGAUCAUAUGAGGAUCCACGCUAAAAAGCAGAUAGUCAAAAUUAAGAACAAGCAACCAAAAGCACCACAAGCAGGGUCAGACUGGAAACUAAAUUAUUUUAUCCCCAACGUAUCACAAUUUCAGGCUAUUUAUAACAUAUAGGCAAAGCAACAGAUAUGAAGGCAGCUCAGUGGUUGUUGCAGAAUAAUGGACAGACAGAAUCCAUGUUUGUUGUGUGUAAAUCGAUGUAAAGGUCAUCUUGCAGAAUCUGUCUGUGGUUGAAUAUUGCUAUAAACAAAACACAGUGAAUGUAGUUCCUUCCUCUUUUUAAAGGAUUCUUUAAAAGUAAAGCUACACAUACUGAAUAAAGUUUUGAGUGUUUUUUUUCCUAGUCAUGCACGUUUGGUGCCAGUUUAGCACUGAAACGCUGUCUUCAUAAUUGUAUUUUUAGUGUUUGGAGGCUAAAGCACAAAUCGAAGUCGCGUGUGGACUAGCUCUGUUAGCUCUGCUAGCGCUAGCUCCGGUAUUUUCUCCACAUACUCUGUUAACACUGGCACUACAUGAAGAUACCUGCGAGUCUAUCAUGUCGCUCGUCCUCGUCAGCGGCCUCCUCCUCUUGCCCCGGGCCCUUGUCUCCAUCAGCCUGAGUACAGAGUCUUUCUUCCUCUUCAUCUGGCUCCGGUGGACGGUUAAUAUUAUUGCAGCUAACGAUAACGCUGACACCGGCAUUGCUAACUUUAACUUAUUUUUGAAAACAUUUGUUAACUUAAAACAUUGUGCUGCAUCAGCCUCGAGUUUUUUUCUGCUUUUUUGACGUGCUCUGCUCUGCUCCACCUUUUCUUUUUGGGACCUUUAUCCAGCUCAUUUAUAUUUUAUCCGUUAGCUUAGCUUCUGUUUGUCCUUUGAUAUUCUCCCUCCUGAUCUCUGACAUUACGUGGAUGGACGCAACCACUUGAAGGGGCCCGGGGGGAGGUGAAGUCGUCCUUCACCUGCCUGGAAGUAGGUCAAUACCACUGGGCGGCCUAUUUAGCACCGUGUGACCCCUAAUCAAACACACAUUUUCCAAGAAUAUUUUAUUCCCAUAUUGCUGGUGGCCUUGUGAUCAACUGGUGACCCAUCCGGCAUUUUCCAGAUUUGCCAGUUCUAGCCUUUCUAUAAGUAAAUAAAACAAGAGUUCACCUGUGAGAUCAUCGUGAAUGCACUAAACAAUGGAUGGGAAGUCCACAUGAGUCACAUGACAAAUAAAAUGUCAUGUGAAUCCACUCAUCAGUUUGGAUGUAUUAGUUGACAGUUAUUGCAAUCUUAACCAAUUCUUUUAAAAUAUCUGUUUUUAAAACAAGAAUUUACCUUUGUUUGUAAAAAAAAAACAUCUUACUAUGCUAUAAUGGGAACAAUCAUUUUUAAGUUGGGAAUCAUUUACAACCAUGUAUUUUAUAUGCAAAUGGAAGACACCCUAAUAGGAAACGUACAACCAUACAUUUCAGAUAAUUGUAGUUUUCUUAUAAAGUAAAUAAAGUGUGUGUGUGUGUGUGUGUGUGUGUGUGUGUGUGUGUGUGUGUGUGUGUGUGUGUGUGUGUGUGCGCGCGUGUGUGUAAUGAUAUUUGAUAUUAGGCUACAUGUUGCUUCAGCUUCCCAACAAUAAUGAUGUGCAUUUACUCAAAAUCUAAUAUAAUUCCUGAAAGAGGAGAGGUAAGGCUUUUCUUCCCUUUUUUUACUCAAAAAGAUAGUAAAGCAAAAGCUCAGUAAGAAUGAAGUAAAGCCAAAUGUUAGGGUAAAUGCUUUAUUCCAUGAUAACAGUUUUAUACUGCACUUGGUGGAAUUAGACCAAGGAAAGAAUAGCAUAUGGUUGUGUAAAAACAGUGUGGUAAUCUUCACCUGAAAAAAGGUGUUUAAAAAUAAAAGGUAAGGGAAUGGAGGCAGAACUUUUUUCCAGAAUCUCCUGGCUACAGCAACAACCUAAAGAAAAGUUUUUUCAAACUUUCCUUUCUACCAAGAUGUUGUGUU